CUCUCCUUCUCCUCCAGACCCACUUGCCUCCCUCUCACCCUCAUCAACAGCAGCAUCUACACAUCCACUUCUCACUUGAACCACUGAUACCCUGAUUUCUCUUCUUCAGAUUCUCACAUUUUUCCAUAAGUUUUGUUCUCCAGUGGAAUGCCAGUGCAGCUGCAUGCCUUCAGAAGUUUGCAGAGAUGUCAUCUCAACUUUCCCACAAGGAUCUUCCACGCAUCAGAAAGUCCCAGUCAGACUCCUCUCCAUCAUCAACAGCUGCCACCUCCAAAAGCCUGCGGCACGAGCGGCUCUCAAGAUUAAGUUCGUCCAGCUCGUCCGACGUCUCCAAAGAUCCACCGACCAACCACGCUGAGUCCUACUUCUUGAGACGAGAGAACAGACUGUCGGCCAGAAAGAAAGCAGAGGAAGAAUCCGCAAACAACGACUAUAAGAAGAUGUAUGAAAAAGCUCUCGCCACCAAUCAGAGGCUGAAGUCUCGGCUGGAAACUAGUCAACAGGAACUCGCUGCCAUUCAGGAGCAGCUGCAAAGAGCUCAGGAGAAGGAGAGAUGUGGCUCCAGGGCGCUUGACAGUGAAAAACAGGACUGCUGGGAUCUUAAAAAGAAGAUUUCAGAAAUGGAGGAGCAAGUAAAGGUGAAAGCAGAGCUGAAGACUGAGAACCAGCGACUGAAGGAUGAGAACGGCGCACUAAUUCGGGUCAUCACUAAACUGUCCAACGUUAACCUUGAAGCAAUAAGGGCGGUGGUGCAGCAGGAGCACACACCAGAGACAGAGUUGGGAGAAAAGAAUGGCAACACCGAACCAGGAAGAGGAUGAAGAAGAACACUGAUGUCACACCGAACCAUACCGGAUAAGCAGUCCCAUUUAUCAUAUUAGACUUGACGCUAAGCAGAGCUGGUUUGGUUUCUUUUAUCGCUAAGAGGUUUUGUCAUCUUAUUUAUCAUUACAUUUCUCUAUUUUUGUCAACUCUGAUCAUUCUAUUCCCCAAGUCUUUUCAUGCAGCUAUGAAGAAGAAUAUGUGCGGGCACUAAAGUCUGCAUUUACAGCAGUCGAAAGAGAGGAGAAAAAGAUUCCUACUGCGAGUUCACACCCGAUGAAGUCAACCCUUUCAAUGAAGUGAACAAAUGAUAUCCCCUUUGUAGCAUAUUUAUACACAAAUAUGCAGCGCAGAAUUUACAUCCAAGUGGUCAGUGCAGCGUUCUACAAUGGCACAUUCUCAGAGUCCCUGACAACUGUGAUAUCUGACAAUGCGAGAGGAAAAGCUAAAUAAAGUUGUCCUAUCAGGAAAGGCACCCUUGUUCUCUUCUCUGUUGGACCUAGAUGCAUAGUAGCGUUGUCAUGACAACAUGAAACAGGCAACUUAAAUCAUGUGUGAUACGAUGGAUUUAAGGUCACGAUUUCUUUCAUCACGUUACGCUCUUCACAUUCUGUAGAAAACCAGUCUGACACUACAGCGCUGUCUGAAGCAAGUUAUAGCACAUUUAGGCAGCGGAUACUAUACUGGCCAUGAUGAAUCCAUAGGGAGGUGAACGCAGCAUGCCAUACAAACUAAACUAAUGCUUCCAUAUCCAACACCCAAAUGACCAGUUUCGACAGUUCGUCCCAAUGCACCAUGAUAAGCUUUUUUUUUUUUCUUCUUUUUUACGUUUUGCAGAAAGGGUUUAUGACAAGACGUGUCAGGUCUCAUGCAAAGUAGAGGUGCUGGGAGUUUCGGAGAGAGUGCAUUAGCUGCUUGGCGGUUUCACUUCUUUGCGUUCAAAGACGCCAGCUGACCGUCGAUGUCUUCCUCUGGCUGCAGCGGGUGCCACUGAGCGAUGGGGCGCCGUGGGUUUGCCAACAUGUCAGACCAGUGCUUCAGUCCCAAACCGGUGGCCUUGCUGCCAACGAAGAUCUUCCCGAUGGCGUCGUUCUUACCGAUCUUGUCGUAGUCGAACACUGUUACAGCCACGAGGAUUUUCUGCGACGCACAUCAUAAUGUGAUAGGUCAUUUAAUGGGCAAUAUCUGAUCCGCUUUUGGGGCACUAUAAACAGGUAUUACAUUUGGUUUGGAGUCUGACAUCUUAUAAGCCAUGACCUCAUCACACCUUGGCAUACAUAUAUUGGCUACUAAUAAACUAGUUACUUGUUUAUUUACUGUUAAUAAUGAGCCAUUAUGGCGUUUUUACAGCAACCUUCUCGUGACCAAUUCAGGGUGAAAUACAGCCAGGCCGAACAAGACCCAAAUCAGUGUUUUCUUUUAUCAAAUAGUAUGCUAAAAACACAUAUGAAUAAGCCACUUUUUUAUGGGAAUAUAUGUUACUUAUUUUUCAAUUUAGAUGAAACUGGACAAGCCAGCCAUAGUGACAGAUCUUGCAGUACUAGGUGGAUGCUAGAAAUGAAAGAAGCUCUGAAAACCAUGUGAAUGAAGCCCCGGUCACCACUAAAGUUGCUGGUGCCAGACUCGACAAGUCUUUUCGAUGAACAUCAUGUCACUUUGUAACUACGACCUUUGACCCUUCAAAGUGAUCAUGUACCUGCAUUUGUUCUAGUGGGAUCUCGAAGCUGAAGGAUUCAUUAUAGUAGGGGUUCAGUGUGUUCUUCUUCACUGUGGUCUUCUUCUUCUUCAGCCGUUUGCCUCCCUGCAGCAGCUGGAUUUUCACGUAGGGAUCUGAAAAAGACACAGAAGGAUUGAGAUACAACGUUGCUGUUUAACAUGUGCUUCCAUCUGUCUGCUUUUAAAGGAUGCUAGAGGCGUGAGCAGAAAAGAACGAAGGAUGAGUGUGAAUGAGAGGAACGCAGGAGGAAGAGAGGGGUGCAGGGAGUAGCUGGUGAAAACCAGUUCUACAGAGGUGAAGAAGAAAAUGCAGGCAGGUUGGAAUGGGUAGAGAAAAGUGUGAUGUCAGCUAGAGUGAAAGGGAUGCUUCACAUUCAUGUUCAUGUACUGUAAAGAUGGAAAUAUGAGGAGGUUAAAGAUGAGGUUCAUGGAAGUGGUCACAGGGGAUGUAAAGAUGAUAGACAUGACGAGGGUGGAUGAUCAAGAAAGGCUUGCUGUGGAAAACUCGGAUCGGAAAUCCCGAAAGUAGAUGGAGGAACUGCGAGUUCAUGAAGGACCAUGACAUGACAUUACAGUAUAACAAUGUGGUACCAGAUAAUCCACAGGCAUCCAUUUUCUUCAGAUUCUUUGCUUCCAGGAUGCAGACUGUGAGUUUCCCAGCCGUCGGUACGUAGCGAAGCGAGAUGCAGAUGUCCCCCAGCUUCUCAGGCUAGUCACGUGGAAAAGAGGCGACACCUCCAGUCAUCCUUUUGCGGUGUAUUUCUUAUGUAAAACAAUAACAAAUACUGCCCUUCUCUCAGCUCACCUCCUCCUGGUCGGCGCUCUCCAGAUCUCGCCACUCCUCGAUGGGCCGGCCGAGGUCAAUGGUGUUCAUGGGGAUCUUCACCUCUCCGAUCACAUCGUGUUUGGAAAAUCGAUCGUAGUCAUAGACAGACAUCACCAACGUCUUCCCACCAAGUUCCUCGUAGGGCACCUGCUCCAGCGCAAGGCGCAGAACCAUUAUUGUCAUCUUUUAUUAGUGGAACUUUGUAAAUAGUCAUUGACUCA